AUGAUCCGCUCGACUGCCGCGUUGAGCCACAAGUUGGUUGCCACUGCGACCGGCGCUGCAGCAUUUCAUCUUCCGCCCCCGCGGCUCUGUCCGAUUCGUGCAGUCAUGCCUGGCUGCUUCUCGUUGCUGGCUUUCUGCCUGCGGUUUGCAGUCGGCCGGCACCGGUGCGGGUGGUACCAUACACGCACAGAUAUCCGCUGGGUGCGUGCUCCGGGCCGGAAUCCAAAGCGCGGAGCAAAUCGAGACGUCGUGCCGCAGAGAGCAGUCGUCCACCGCGCCGGGACCGACCUACCGGCUUAUCUCGGCCCGAAAGUGCCUGUUUACUGCACGAUUGUUGAAGCCGGCAAGGCGGUGUCGGUGACCAACGAGGCAGCAUUAGAUCAUCGGCCGCUGCUAUCGACAGGAGCCUUCUGGAAGCUGCCAUCGCCGGCCAGCGGCACCAAGAUGGGGAAAGGCUCCUCGACUAAUAGCCGGUGCUCGUCGACAGUGCCGGGGCCGCGACGUGUGACUUCCCCUGGAGCUCGCGUGUUCUCGCGCACGCAAGCUCCGCAAUCGCACGAAGCAACCCUGGGGCCGACACCCGCCAGUUCUCUCGCGCUGGCCACGCCGCCACCGCCUCGUCCGGCCGUGGUUCUAGAUUACACGAUCGUCGUCGCGCUGUGCUUUGCCGCCAACGCGCGCGAAGAGCGCUGCUCAGGAGGCCGCCGCCGCCACCGGCAGCUCUCGUAUGGCCGGCGUGAAAGGCACGAAGCCAGGAACCGCAAGCGUGCCCCCAUGCUCUCUAGAGUGGUCAGGCCCACGCCGAAGAAACACUGCGCGAACAAAACUGACGGUGGCGUGGGCGUCGGCUGA